CUUUCGCUCCUGGCUUGGUGGCGAUUUUCCUGUUCGCCUCACCGUCACGUAGCUCACGUAGUGCUGGCCCGCUAGCUAGCCUGAGCUCCGCUAGCGUUCAGUUGAGCUACUCGCAAGGGAAAGUUUCAUCAGUUUUCUCCGUGGCGCUGUACCAUCCACAUGAAGUAACAGAAUCAGGAGCAGAGUGUCUGUUUGUAGGCACCGAACAGGUACUAGAAGUAGCAAGUUGCCUUUUACCAGAGUUUAGUUUGAACGCUGACUGGAUGACUGAAAAGAAAGGUGAACAGAAGUAUGAGUUCGUCGCUCGCGCUGCGCUCGCGAGUCGAGUUCGAUUUGCCGCUCGACCUCAUAGCGCGUCUGUAUGGUCCUGGCGGACAAACCUGGGAUAGGAUUGAGUUGAUAUUUUCCGUGGACUUGGAGGUGCAGACGUGCGACAGAGAUGACCAGUUGGAGACGGUGAUAAUCCAAGGCGAUCAAAGAGCCAUCUAUGCAGCUAAAGAUUAUGUACUUGCCUUGUGCGACAAUCCCAACGUCGGUGAAAGGCAAGUCCGUUUCCCGGUGGACUAUCAGAUCCAUCUUCAGGGCAAUAACGGCGAGCGCCACCUGGAGCUAGAACGAGCGUCCUGGGCACGGAUCUCGUUUCAGGAUGGCGUAGCUACCGUACGCGGCGGAGAUCUCGCUCUAUCGUCGGCAGUGGCCAUGAUCUGCGACUAUGUGAGCUUCUUCGACGCGAAGCGCGCUGGAAACGCCGACCUGUCGCAGUACGAUCGUUUGCCGCACAGCCAGGUGAGCACGAUGCUGAGGGAAAGCAGCAAUCGUGAUCUUAGGACGGGGAAAACCAGUGAUGAUGAGGAGCUAGUGCACUAUGGCAUGAAAGCUGGCUGGAAAGAGCAUCAGAUUCGAACGGCAAUCAAGGAUAGCGGCUGUUUGACCGAUGCUAACGCUCUCCUGAUGGUACUGAUGAAGAAGUAUCCCCUCGGCGGGCGUAAAUCGCCAGCGCCAAAAGAAAAGAAGGCACCUGCACCGCACGUAGAGGUGAAGAGUGAAGGAGAGGCAAGCGAUUCGGAUGAGGAUUCCGAUAAUGAGCGGGAUGAGAACGAGGAGGCAAGGACUGGUCUCAGGCCGAUUAUCAUUGACGGAAGCAACGUUGCUAUGAAUUACUCGGAUGGCAAGUACUUUGCGUGCAAUGCACUGAAGAUAUGUGUUCGCUACUUCCAGAAGCUCGGUCACGAAGAGAUUUUCUGCUUAGUUCCUGAGUGGAGAAAGGAGAAAUCAAGGCCGGAGGGCAAGAUCGAAGACCAGCACGUUCUAGACGACCUGUACGCAGAAGGCAUACUCAAGUACACUACAUCGCGGCGGCUGAAGGGCAAGCGCAUCGUACCCUAUGACGACCGCUACAUAGUCCGCCUGGCCACAAAGACGAAAGGCGUGAUCGUGUCCCGAGACCGGUUCCGUGACCUGGUCGACGAGAGAAAGCAGUGGAGGACGACAAUCGAGAAGCGACUGCUGCAGUUUGUCUGGGCAGGCGGUAUAUUCAUGCCUGACCUAGACCCACUUGGACGCGGCGGGCCCAAGCUCAAGGAGUUUCUUCGUUUCCCGGGCGCCAAGUCUAAUGACUCUGGUAGCAAGCGUAGUAGCAACAUCACGGCGGACACACCGUUAUGCAGCUACGGCAAGAAGUGCACGAGAGGUUCUCACUGCAACUACCGGCAUCCGAAGAAAACCGAAACGACCACUGUGGCUGAGCCGCCAAUGCCGGAGCCACAGCCUCCACCACCACCGUCGCAUUUUCAGACCAUCGAUGCCAGCGACCAAUACGCAGACCAAUUCCCUCGCGGAGAUUCGCGCGGCUCUUCAACUCGCGCAUGUAUGCUGCAGACGAAUGGAAUUGUUCCGUUUGUCCGGGACAGCAAUGAUCCGCGCUACAAAUCCGCUCAGCAGCAGCGGCAAGAUGAGGUCUCCGGUGGCAAUGGUCGUCUGAGAAUGGCUGCAGCAAUGCCACAGCCACCGCCGCCUCCCUCGUUCGAUCAUAACCAGUACGAGCAGUACCCGGCACACGAUGCACUGCUGCCACGUGCCGCCAUGCCACCUCCCAACGCAGGUGUGAACUAUGUAACGCAAGGGCAUUCGUAUGCGUCGGCUCGACAGCAACAGCAGCAGCAAUGCCUUGACCACAAUCCCCCAUCACAAUCAAUGUACUCGCAUCAUCAGCAUCAACAGCCCCAGCUUCAGCCACCGGCACCCCCAGCAUACUAUUAUGAUGCACCCAUGAGCAACGGUUAUAGCCCUCAGCCGGCUGCUCCAUAUGGCAUGCCCCAACAGCACCAUGCUGACUACGACCAGCAGUAUGCGCAUGGCAUGACCGACUACUCCAAUAGCAGAGGUAAUCACACAAUGCCCGCACCACCUCCACCACAGCAGCAGCAGCAGCAGCCAUCCGACCCUCGCUACUCAACGGUGCAUGAUGCCGGUGAUGGUCGCUUCCAGAUGAUGACGACGGAGCCGGAGCGCUCUUUCCAAACUAUAUCGGAUACUCAUAGCAUGCAUCACCGCAACAACUACUCGCAUGACGUGUAUCACACUCCCGCUGAUUACUAUCCAAGCCCAGCAGCAACACAGGCAGAUGACACUAGCUACCACGCUGGUUACAACAAGCAUCAUGGCUCGGUGGUGGCUGCUAUGGGACCGCCGCGGGGAACACCCCCGCCGCCCGCACCAAUGCCAGCAUGCCCUACGCCGACGUCUGGAGUGGAUCCCGAAGUGCUCGUGCAGACAUUCUGCAAGAACAAUUGCCUGGUGCAGCAGCUGAGCCGCGCCAACAAGCUGCAGUGUCGCGAGGAGUUUGUGCGCUCCGUGCUGCACAUGCACCGUGGACAAAUCUCAACCCUUAGCCUUCUAGUCAGUUAUGUAUCUUUUGAAUUGUCACAGCUGUAAAUUUCCGGACUGUGUGUGUGUGUGUGUGUGUGUGUGUGUGUGUGUGUGUGUGUGUGUGUGUGCGUGUGCGUGUGUGUGUUUUAACCUCAUCUAUUACAGUCUACUUGGACAAGUGACCGUUCACAUUUCCCCUGCAUGUUUCUACAUGUGCUUCAAUUCUAGCUCAGAGAGCUGCUCGUCUUUGGCUGCGGGCACUAUUGCUGGCCAGGAUGAACAAAACACUCCUUAUCUAAACCAUGGCAGACACUGCUAGUGAUGAUUAUGCUAUUUCUAACCGGUUGAAACCAUCUUCAUCUUCAUUUGAGCGUAAUAAUUUGUUGACCUUGAUUCUCUGAUAGGAGUUGCCUCAUUUAAUCCACUCCUCAAGUUGAUUUAGCCGCACUAUUUUUAUCGUUCCAGAAUGAAACGUAUCCAAAUCUAAAAA